AUCUGGGAUUAGUAGUUUAAAUUGAAGGUACUCGCUUCAUAUUUUAAAAGAACGACGUUUUUUACUUUUCAGAAAACUACGAAUCCCGGCAAACCCCAUCUUGCUUUCUGGUGUUGAUGUCAAUAUGGCUGCUGUCAGACAGACAAAGGCAAGCCAGUCUGGUUAGGGAAAACUACAGUAGGAUUCAUUUUUAAGAAAGCGGUACAUCAUUUUUUUUUUUUUUUUGGGGGGGGUAAUAAACAGUGCUAUAAUACGCGGAUUCUAUUUUAAAUUUGAUGUUAAAUGGUGUGGUGGAAGAAGGCCCAGGAUAUAUUAAAGAAUGUCUCACUACACAGACGAGCCGCGGUUCACUAUCGAGCAGAUCGAUCUUCUGCAACGUCUCCGCCGGACGGGGAUGACCAAACAUGAGAUACUGCAUGCCCUGGAAACACUGGAGCGUCUGGACCGUGAGCAUGGGGACAAGUUUGGACGCCGGCCUGCCUACAGCGGGACAAGCACCACCACUUCUGCCAAUAAUGUGGUGGCUUCCUCUUCCACCACCACCAUUGCCACGCAAACCCAGUACCGCGGGCUUUCACCCUCCCCGAGCAACAGCUACGACACCUCCCCGCCCCCUAGCAGCGCCACAGCCAAUCAGAAUGGUAAAGAGAGUAUGCCUGCCACCCCCAACGGGAAACUGUCACCAAGCAGAUACCCCGCCAGUAGUGUGGGUCAAAGGUCAUAUAGCUUUGAAGCCACAGAGGAUGAGCUGGACAUCGAUGACAAGGUGGAGGAACUCAUGAGGAGAGAUAGCAGCAUCAUCAAGGAGGAGAUCAAGGGAUUCCUGGCAAAUCGUCGGAUCUCACAGGCGGUGGUGGCUCAGGUGACAGGUAUCAGCCAGAGUCGUAUCUCCCACUGGCUGCUGCAGCAGGGCUCUGACUUGAGUGAACAGAAGAAGAGGGCUUUUUACAGGUGGUACCAGCUGGAGAAGACCAGCCCAGGCGCCACCCUGAGCAUGCGCUCUGCCCCCAUCGCCAUGGAGGACCCCGAGUGGAGACAGACCCCACCCCCGGUUAGCUCCACUCCGGGCAGCUUCCGGCUGCGUAGGGGCAGCCGCUUCACCUGGAGGAAGGAGUGCCUGGCUGUGAUGGAGAGCUAUUUCAAUGAGAACCAGUACCCUGAUGAAGCUAAAAGAGAAGAGAUAGCCAAUGCCUGCAAUGCUGUGAUUCAGAAGCCAGGGAAAAAGCUAUCAGACUUGGAGAGAGUCACCUCCCUGAAGGUCUACAACUGGUUUGCAAACCGACGGAAGGAAAUCAAGAGACGAGCUAAUAUUGAAGCAGCAAUCCUGGAGAGCCAUGGGAUUGAUGUGCAGAGUCCAGGAGGACACUCCAAUAGUGACGACAUUGAUGGCAAUGACUACUCGGAGCAGGAUGACAGCACCAGCCACAGUGACCACCAGGAUCCCAUCUCUCUAGCUGUGGAAAUGGCUGCUGUCAAUCACACCAUAUUAGCACUGGCGAGACAAGGCGGGGCCGGGGAGAUCAAGACAGAGGUGCUGGAUGACGACUGAGGUUCUCGCAUGAGGAACUUGGGGGGAGGGAGAGGAAGUUAAAGAAUACAUGGUGACCAAAACAAUUCUCGUUUAGCACCUUUGCAGAUCUGCUCUGUCCUGAAUUUCUCUAAUCCCCUUUCAGCAACGUAAUGUUUGUAACAUGAAUGUAUAUGCUCUUGUCCAUUUAAAAGAGAAAAACAAAAAAAGCGCACCCUGCUUACCUCGCAUUACAGAUAAAGGAUCCCACCCCUCAGUGAUUCCAGUGUCCUUGCGUUUGAUGUAAAUGUACUUCCUUUGCCUGUCUUUGUGUCUCAUUUAUCUGCCCAAAGUGAUAUGAAAACACAGACAGUACAGCCCAAGGUCCUGAGCCCCUUUGUCAGUCCCUGCUUCUCUCAAUACUAAAUACCAUACAGUUGGAACCCUUUGCGGUACAUUUAUUCAGUACCUGUCAGACGCGUCAGGUCCAAUUUAUUUUCACACUGUUUAAAAGUAAUUUUAUUCAUAGUAAAACAGGUUUAAAAGGCACUGCAUAUCAACAGGACACUCAGUACUGCACCUCCAGCCCCGCCCCACCCCUUGUUUGCUGUAUUUACAUAUCUCUUCAUAGUAGAGCAUACUGAUAAAUCAUCUCCUGAUCAUUCGUUUUAUCACCAAACUCCUCAAUAAUGCGAUUCAAGUCAUUAUUUUAUUACUAUAACAUCUCAAAAAAGCUUGGCAAAUGUCCGUGAUAUUCUUUGUUUGUUUAUGUUUGUGUUAUGUCUGUGGUGAAGGGACUAUGCGUAUUGCUCAGAUCUGCCUCCUUUUUUUUCUUUUCGGCUUCUCUCGGCCUCACUCGGCCAUUGAAAGCUUUUCUUAGCUUUUUCGGGAGAAAAAACAACUAGAGACCUGAGCUUGACGUCUUUUUGAUGAUGUCGGACAGGGUCCAACAUUGGACCGGAAAGGGUUAAAAAGGUAAAACCAUAGAAAUAAACAGUCAAAUGUAUUAUGUAAAGGCUUCUGCCUUGUUAUAAAAAAUAAUUUGCAGAAGCAUUUAUAUAGUGUAUUCUUAUUUUACCCCAGUAUUUAAAUAGGGAAUUUUUGUUUUGUUUUACGUGUUGGAGGCCUGGAAGAGAAACACUGCAGGCUAAUGGCAUUACUCCGGCUUCCUAUCAAAACUGAGAAACGUCUUGGGAUCUGUUGAUUUACAGUGCUUCCACUUCUACAGGAAAUUACCUGUGUUUACAGUGUAUAGAAAAGCGUUUAAGUGUUUUUUUUUUUUUCUUAGACUAAAAUCGUAAAGAUCCCAGCCCACAUCAGGAACCUCAUUGUGUAGUACAGUUGUAGUGCAGCAGGUUAAUAACCAACAUGGUGCUAACUGUUCCUCUUGGAAACUACUGUACACUCUGCUUAUGAUAAAAAUAUAUAAAAAGAAAAAAAACCUGUGGAAAUCAAAAUCCAGGUUUCCAGCACACAUCUGGCUAAUGACCUGACAGUCAACUAUUUACCUUAAUGUAAUGGUUCUCAAACCUUUUCUAGUUGGGAUUUAAGGUGACUGGUCUGCUGAUUUAAUAAAUUAUAGAAAUAACCAAUUGUAGAUUUGUAUUACUAAACAUUAAAUACAUAAAUAACAAAAAUACAUACUGUAUUUGAUAAGUAUUAAAAAUGACAUUGCACUGUAGUCAUUACUUAUAGUAGGGUCUGCUUGUGAUUUUGCAGUCCUCCAGGUGAGCCCCAGUUCCUUGCUUUGAGAACCACUGUCUUGAUUAGUACUGUUGAUCUGAGUUGAUCAUCGUUUUAAUGAGAUUGCAACUGGGAGUCUGGUUUAAGGUUUUGAAUUGUCAUUGUGAUUCUACUGUCUAUUCCCUGGAGGCCACAGCUUGUUAAGAGGUUUGCAAUAUGAAUGCAGUAGCCAUCAUCUGCUUUCUUGAUUAAGAAGUGGCCCUGGAUAAGGGCGUCUGCUAAGAAAUAAAUAAUAAUAAUAAUUAAGAUUUGUUUGAGGAAAGGGGAUGAUAGCCAAUUUGUCAGCCUCCUAAUCCUAGCUGAUUCGGGUGAGGUUUCUGUUGUUGCCUUGAGCACCGAGGAUCCCUUUCACUAUGCCACCCACCUCAAGGGUUCUCAGGACAUCCUUUCACUAACCCUAUAGACACUUAAUACCAUUUUAUUAACCCAUUUUAAAAGCAUCUGUGGAAAUCACACAGACUAAACAGCAUUAAAAAUAUAAUGAACAUUGGAUGUGGAAUGUCUCUGCUGUUACAAUAUGUGCUGCUCAGCCCAAAGGGCCACACUGCAGCAUCUGUGAGGGAGCCCGCAGUUGCUGCAGUUUCACCUCUCCCAGCAGACAAGAUAGAUACACAAAUAUGGGAAGGGGGUAUUUUGAGGAGUGCUAUGGAAUGCAAGGCAAGGAAGAAGAUAGUGAAGGAAGUGUCUAUACCAGUAUAUAUAGAAAACUGGGGUUCUGCAGAUUAACAUUUAUGGAGGGAUUUGAUCAUUCAAGGGGUGGGGAUCAAGUCCCUAAAACCCCACCCCACAAAUGGCGUGAUUGAAGGCCCCUAGGAUGCUGCUUUUAAUGUGAAAUAACCAAUUUUUUUUUUUAACAAAAGUAAUAGCUAUUGAAUGCCAGCUAAGCUGAUUGGUAAAUAUUUCCUCUGCUUCAGAGCUAGAAGUGCUUUGAAUCUCUUGCUAUCAACUAACCUAGCGCUUGGUUCUGUAUCAAAUAUGUAUCUUUAAAAAAGCAGACUGUUUGAAAAUCAGACAAAAUGUAUUUUUUGUUUUUGUAAUUUUUUCUGCUAAGCAGAAAGGGAUGUAGUCAUAGAACAAUGUUAGAGAUUUUUGUUUGUUUGUUUUUUCAUUUAACCGUUAUGUUUGUGUUUUUACGUUUUGAUGAAAUGUCAAUCUGCCCGUUUGUGUAUAACUAAGAUAUUGGGGUUAAGGCAAAGCACCACUUCUCAGGAUAACAUGGAGCCCUUUGAUGCCCCUUUAACUUCUUAGAAGGGGAAACCAACUGACCAGAGUAACCAUGUGACUGCUUAGAAAAAAAUAUCAGUUUUCACUUUUUAUUUUCUCAAUCUAUUUUGGGGGGCUGUUCCCUUUCAAGUACGAAAUGUAACCACUACUAAAUGGGUGUUUUACCUUCUAAAGACCCCGAAACCUGAAUAGUAUAUACCAAAGCCGCUCGACAAGCCUGUGACGCAGUCAUGCCCGCCCCCAAGGGUAGAAAGGAAUUGCACACACAGAUCUCGGCGUCAUUUUUCCUUUCAAGACUGACCUAACAGGGGAGCCUGGUAUCAGAUAAGUACUUGUUGCUUAUGACUAUAAUUUGUGCUAAUUAUUGAUUUUUUUUUUUUUACAUAAUUUAUGCAAUAUUUUAUUUAUGCUGUAAUAGUUUUUUUUAUUAUAAUUAUUAAUUCUGCGUAUAUUGUGCACUACAGCCUGUUGUUUGGGAUCAAGCAACAUAAGUCGGCUGACCUUGUCUCACCGGCUGAAGUUAAAUAAAAAUUUUCGUUUUAAGUUACAAGACGUUUAUUUUCAGAACUGUAAUUGUGUUGUUAUUGUUUUCUGUGGAGAAAUAUUUUUGGUAUUUUCUGUGGGUUUUUUUACAGAAAUACGCGCUUCUGUUGAGAUUGCUAGCAGUCUCAUUCCACAGUAUCUCGCUACCAUUUUGGUGACUGCCUUUGCAUCACUAUUACAAGGGCUGUUUGUACCUCUUAACAAGCAGGCUUCUGGUGUAGGUACUGACUGUGUGGUUUUGCCUGUAGCUUGGUACAGGUGGGCAUCCCUGUACAGUGCUACCCGCGGUAACUGCGAACUGGUAGAUCCGUAUCGGUACCGAGGUCACCGCUCCGUUCCCGACCCGGUACCGCACCGCACCAACCCGGUGCUACAGUCACCAAACCAGUACCGUAUCGUCCCUGUUUCUACCUGAACUGUACUGACCCAGUGCUAAAAUCACAGAACCGGUACUGUCCCGUUUCCAACCCGCUACCAACCGGUGCUUACAUCCCUGGUCCGGUACCAAGCCAGUCUUGUUCUGGUCUUGACCUGCCCCGUUGCUGUCUAUAAGCAGACUGAGGCAGCACCUGUACAUUGUUUACUGUACACUACAUUGCUACUUGCAUCAUGCCUGGGUUUGAUCCCUGCAACACAUGCAAGGCCAGGCUACCUGUUUAAGACAAGCACAGCAGAUGCUCUUCCUGCCUGGGGCCAGAGCAUGUCAAGGAGGCACUGACUAACUGCAUUUUCUGUGAGUUUUGUGCGUCUUUCUCCAAGUGCACGCUGGAGAAACGUCUCUCUUGUGGCUCUACAGAGUGCUCUGCUUCCCUUACACCUGCACAGCGCUCUUCCCCAUCACCCUCUGGUAUAGAGGUGGCUGCAUCCUCACCCCAUGGCUCUGUACCAAGGGAGAUUGGACCACGCAGAAAACCGUCUUCACGGUCUUCCUCAUUUUCCUCUGCCUCUCCUCCCCCAAGGAAGAAGAGGUUGCCAUUCCAAGCAUUUGGCAGACAGAGCAGAUGGAGAAGCUCUGGGCAGCUCUUUCCCAUCAAGGGUGCUAUGAGCGCAGAUUGGCAACAGGGUGACAGGCUGUCCAUUGCCACCUCCUGAGGAGAUGGGCGAACAGGAGCUGUCGUUCCCGUCCUGAGGAUGCGGAGUCAGAGAGCACAUCACCUGCGGUUAAGCUCUCCCUGUCGUCAGAGCUUCUAUUGCUGAUCAAGAGGGCCACUGCAAUAUUGCAGUACCACCUCUCCCAAUGCCCCACCAGUGCACCCAGAUUUUCUUUUUGAGAUCCAGUCGUCAUGGGGUCACCCAGCUACAGCCCCUGCUGUUUCCUGGUCGAUGUACACCCUUUAUAGGGUGCAUAUGCGGAGAAGCUGGGCCUGGCCCAAUUUCUGCCGGUGGAGGCAUCAAUUGCCUCUUGUUACAGGCUUCUAAUUUAGCACUCCUGUCCAAGGACGCUAUCUGCCCCAACAAGCAGUGCUGGGUCUGUGGAGUAGUGGUUAGGGCUCUGGACUCUUGACCGUAGGGUCGUGGGUUCAAUCCCCGGUUGGGGACACUGCUGCUGUACCCUUGAGCAAGGAACUUUACCUAGAUUGCUCCAGUAAAAACCCAACUUUAUAAAUGGGCAAUUGUAUGUAAAAAAUAAUGUGUUAAUAAAUAAUGUAAUUGUAUGUAAAAAUAAUGUGAUAUCUUGUAACAAUUGUAAGUCGCCCUGGAUAAGGGCGUCUGCUAAGAAAUAAAUAAAUAAUAAUAAUAAUAAUAAUAAUAAUCCUCAAGUGUGCCUAUUCAGCCAGUGCGCUCGCCACACGGCUGGGCAACUAUAAUAUUAUUCUGGUAGCCUGACAGUCUUAUUUUCUGAGGUUCCUCUCUGACAGCCACAGCCCCUCACCACUACAACUGGAUGAGCUGCUUCUGGUUAAUAAGAACCUGCUCCGUCUAUCAAAAAUUAAUGGGCAGACUGUAGGCAGGAAUAUGGCUGCAUUGAUGCAAGUGCAUGUAGGCAUUUUUGGCUUUUCCCAGGCACGCAUGCCUUAUGGGGACAAAGCACUGCUGUUGGAUGCCCCUGUUACACUGGGGCACACGUUUGGUCCUGCUGUGGACGAGAUGCUGCAGCGCUCUCAGCACGCAUGGGAAUUGGCUGGUUCACCCGCUUCCCAAGCGAUCACCUCCAGUGCGCAAACCAGCAGCAAACUGGCUCCCAAGGCCCCAGCAUCCUCAGCCUCGGAGACUUUAAGCGACAAGCCGAGCAGCAGCCCUAGGACUUUGCUGCCACAGGUCCAGACGCCUUUCUCAGGGAACCCUGUGGAGUAUUGGCAUCAGUGCACCAUAGACAUCUGGGUGUUUACUACCGUUCAAACCGGCUACUCACUGCAGUUUGGGGCGUAACUCCAACAAGACAUGGUGCUGUCUCGGGAGGUAGUUCCAUGUCUUGCCAUUUGGCCUCUCUCUAGCUCCCUGUGCCUUCGAGCAUGGACGCUAUUCUGGCCCCAUUGAGACUCAAAGGCAUCAGAGUGCUCAACUGGCUCAUUUGUGCUCCAGUCUCCAGCACAGGCAGAGGCCCACACGGAACUUGUCAACGACCACCUUCAACGGUUGGGCAUUACGGUGAAUCAUGUGAAGAGCCAGCUCACGCCUUCUCAGACAGCCUCCUAUCUAGGAGUGUGCUUGCUCGGACGGCAGAGUGCAGAGAAUAGCAUUGUGGGGGGGUUAUAUUUGAUUUUGAUAUAUUUGAGUUUUGAGGCUGAGAAGACCCUGCCAUAGGUCUUCUGCGCAUGCACCCUCUACAGGCCUGGUUUAACACCAGGGUUUUUUAGCCUGUGUUGAACCGCGACUGUCCGUAGACAGUGUCUCAUCACUGUCUAAAGGCACUCUCUUGGUGGAAACAGCAGGCCCAUCUGGGUAGUGUCACUAAAAGGGAGGUCACCACCACAGAUGCAUCCAGCCUGGGCUGGGGCACUGUGAGGAAUGGCACGGGUGCGCAUGGUGUAUGGAACCACCCUUGGCAGGGCCUCCACAUAAAUGUUUUGGAGCUGCAGGCAGUUGCAGGAGGUUCGAGGGAGAUAUGUGCUUGUCCAUACAGACAACACAACAGUGGUGGCUUACAAGCUUUUGUUCUGGGCACACAAGAGCCUCUCAUUGCGGUCAGUACAUCUGCCCAGAGUGACAAACUGGGUGGUGGACCUCCUCUCAAGGGGAGUUCCCAGCGCCUCAGAGUACAGGCUUCACCCCAAGGUGGUGAGCCUCAUUUGGGAGAGGUUCGGGAGAGCAGCGAUAGAUCUCUUUGCCUCUUGGAAUCAACCCACUGUCCCCUCUGGUUCUAGGAGGCAGGGACAUGCUGGUAGUAGAUACCUUGGCACACCAUUGGCCAAGGCAACUGUUAUAUGCCUUCCCACCGCUCGCCCUGCUCCCUCUGUGUCUGGAGAAAAUCAGGCAGGACCGGGCCAAGAUACUCCUAGUAGCCCCUUAUUGGCCCAGGAGACUGCCCAAGCGCCGCCACCUGCUCAGUCAGGCACAGGGGACCUUAUGGCAUCCCGACCCAUCGAGCCUGCAGCUCUGGUGCUGGCCCCUGAAUGGCUGCAUUUGAGCCACCUGGGUCUGUCUAAUAGGGUUAAAAUGCCAGAGCAGCGUCCACAUGUUCCCAGUAUGGGUACAAGUGGGGCAUCUUUCAGACGUGGUGACUUGUCCCAUGGCAAUAAUACUGCAAUUUUUGCAGGGCCUGUUUGACUAGGGGAAAUCCGGCAUAGACAAGGUCUAUCUGGCAGCCAUUUCAGCUUGCCAUGUCAAAAUUGGAGCUCACGUCCUGGUGGUGCAAUUUUUGAAAGGAGCUCGGUGGCUUUGGCCGUCUAUGAAGAAUAUUGUUCCUCGCUGGAGGCUUAACGUGGUGCUUUAUGCACGCAUGAAGCCUCCAUUUUAGCCCUUGCAUUCAGCUGAGCUGAAAUUUUUAUUGCUUAAAGCGACUUUCUUGUUUGCAAUCACCUCCGGAAAGCAGGUGAGUGAGAUGCAGGCAUUCUCAAUUGUGAAAGCCUGCUUAAUUUUUACAGAAGCUAGUACAAAAGUUACGCUUCAUACCAAUCCUGCUUUUUUGCCUAAAAUCUCGGCAUUUCAUGUCAACUUCCUUUCAAGUCUGACAGAGAGUGGCAUCUCCAUACGCUCUGUCCAGUGCGGGCACUCCCGUAUUAUGUUGACAGGACGAAAAGUUGGAGGCAGUCCGAACAAUUUUUUGUCUGCUAUGGAAUGAAGUCCCAUUGGCAAGCCCUGUCUAAAUAGAGGCUGUCCAAAUGAAUAUCAGAUACAGUCAAGCCAACUUGCCCCCCUCCAGAAAAGCUCACUUCCCACUCCACCAGGAGCAUGGCAACUUCAUGGGCUUUGUUCCAGGGUGCAUCUGUCAAAUACAUAUGCAAUGCAGUGGUGUGGGCUACUCCCCAUACCUUCACUAGGUUCUACAGACUAAAUGUUUUGGAUUCUGAAAACCCUGGCUUCAGAGUGUUAAGGGUGGCUUCUCAGUCAGCCCUUACAACAUAGGCAUAGAGGUGAGUUUCUCCCUCAAUUUUUUUAGCCCUACCUACUUGUUACUGGGGUUCCAUAUGGUAACGCACAGGUCAGCCUCUCAGCUUAGCCUUGUGGUAUUCCGGUCAUUUGCCAAUCUUGCCCUUGUGACGGCUUGGGUACAUCACCCAUUAGGUAAUGGUUACAUUUCGUACUUGAAAGGUAAUGUUAGGUUAUUAUCAUAACCCUGGCACCCUGAAAUAGAAAUGUAAACAUUAACCUUCAAGGUCACUGCAUCCAUGAUUACAGCAGGCUUGAAGGAAAAAUGAUGCAGAGAUCUGUGCAUUCAGUCCUUUGUACCCUCGGGGACGGUCAUGACUUCGUCACAGAUUCGAACAAGCAGCUUUGGUAUAGAAUAUUCAGGGAGGUAAAACACCAAUUAGGUAAUGGUUACAUUUCUUUCAGGGAACGUUUUUACUCUUAAGCUGCACUGACACCUAGUGAAUUGAAAUUGUAUUUACAAGAAUGGCUUGGAUUACAAGAAUGAUUGGAGAGAUAUUGCACUUUCUUAAAUAUUACAUUUUUAAAACCAUAUUUAAAAUUUUCGCCUAUAAUAACAGCCAUCUACUUUUUCUUUCUUACCCAAUUGCUGGCCUUUUCGAAUUGGCCUAAGUUCAUGGUGCUCAAGUAUCUUAGUGACCUGGUCUGUCUAAUUACAUUUCGGUGCCUUGAGAUCCGCAGUUACUGCUUUUUCGUCUAUGGCCAGUUAUAAGGGUUUCACAUCUGUUUCCUAUCUGAAACUCAAUCCUUAACAAAAAAAAAAGCACUUGUUCAACUUGUCAGGAUCUCCUUUCAUAAUAGGGACUAUAAGUUAUGUUUUGCAUUUGCAUAUAGCCAUAUGCACAUGUUUGUAUGGCUGUACAAAUUGAUUAUACACUUCAGCGCCUUUCAUCCCACACUAUCUCAAAGCGCUUUACAUGGUGGUUAAAACAGAAAAGUCUGCAGCAUCAAAAAAUAGGAAAAAUAUAUUUGUAAUUCAGGUUAAAAAAAAAAAAAAAAAGGCUA